UACCUAAUGCUGGUAAACCUCAUCGGGCAGCCGCCUGGCAAAGCGGCAGAUACAACUAGGAUUGAGCGUCCGGAUCGACCAUAUUAUUGAUUGUUGUCGAAGCAAUAUCUCACAUCGCUUAGCUGCGGAUGAAGCGGCUUUUGAGUACCCCGACGGAUUAAGUCGAGCUUGCCAUCAUGGCCUAUUCAGCACGCGCUAACUCGAUGUUCUCGGGUUCGUCUGCUGCACCGAGUCUUCGCCAGCCAAGUAGUCAUAAUGCUCAGCAAUCGUCAGCUUUGGCUUCCCGUAUUGCAUCAAAAAAAUCCGAACUAGAUAGUCUGAAACAGCUUCGCGACAUGAGCAGUGCGCUGGCGAUGCAGAUGCAAGCCUUAGAGGAUAAACUGGGGACACUGAAAGAUGGCACAGAAGGUUUGUUGCGCUGCUGGAUUACCUCUUUACUCUCUCUUACGUCAUAUCAUAGCUAUUGCUUGUGUCCUUGCCAAUUGGCAUAGCGUGCUACAAGCAAUCAACAUGGCAUCCAGUAAGUGACACGGGCCUUUUAUGAAAUGCCUUUCAUACAUUUUUUCAAGUGACCCCAUCUGUUACUAGUUAUUACCGGAAGAAAAGUGCUAAUGUUUUGUGUUUGUGGAAAUUGUAGCAAAAGCCUCGGCCGUCCACCAGGGGGCAGCGCCCCGAUCAGAUACUGAUGUCCAAAGUGAUGUCCCGGCGAUGCCUUCGAUUCUAGUCCGGAUCCCUGCAGAUCAGCCAGACGACGCAUGAGAUUAAGAGAUACGAUUGUGGGCGGGAAACUGUUGCUAUAUCCUUUGGGUAGUAUAUCUGUGCAUACGAUGUGAAUGAGAAUUAGAUAAUAGUCUGGGAGCUCAAGAAUCAAUAUAACGACGUUAAUGUAUAUCACACCUACGCGACAGUGGGUUUGGCUGUGUGGCUCACUAACUGCUCAAGCCGCGCCGGAUUGAA